AAUAUGUGAAAGGUCUCAGAUUAUGAAGCGCGGUGACAGAUGCAGAACUUCACCUGGAACGUUUGUGAGAGUUUUAGAGCAAAGAAGCUUCCCUCUAACGGAGACUGAAAUAUGCUUCAAAGGUACUGACUGAGAAAUUCCUGAUACUCAGCACUUUCAGCUUUGAUGAAUUUGCUCGAUUUACAGAACAGAUUUUUUUCUUUUCUUCGUGUCAACUGCCUUGUCAUUGAGUUUAGAGCUUUGGGAAUAACAGAACAUUAGCAUUUAAUAUAAUUUGGUUUCCCUCACAUUUGUGCAACUUCUUUUAUGUUGGAAUACAAUAGUGCUAGAACUCAGUUCUGGGAAAUAUUAUCAAGUGGUACCAAAUAUUGCCCUCUCAAGAACAUAUAAACAACCUAUAAAUAUGUUUAUGCCGGGCAGAGAGCUUCAUGAUAACACACAAUCCACAUCUAUCCAACCCUCUAAACUGAAUCCCACAACUCCUAACAAACCAAAGCAAGAAGGAUUCAGGAAGGUCUGUUCCACUGGGGAACCAAUCCCAUGUCCAAUCCCAGGACUGGCGUCUGGUGUGCUGGAAAUGCGUGUGAAGGAAGGAAGCAAGAUCAGGAACCUUUUGGGUUUCGCCAUGUCUCGGUUUCAAGGCGACGGGCACGUGGCUCCAACGUCGCAGGUUCUGUUCAGUGGGACGGGACGGGCCAUGACCAAAACCAUCACCUGUGCGGAGAUUAUGAAACGGAAAGUGCAGGGCUUGCACCAGGUGUCAAAGCUCCAGUACAGGACAGUGACUGAGGUGUGGGAGAGCCAGGAGAGCGGCCCGGUUCAGAUGACCAUACACAGAACGCUUCCUUCUAUUUGUAUUCUCCUGUCCAAAGAACCGCUGGACCAGCAGGAGCCGGGAUAUCAGCCUCCAGUCGAGACUCUCUCGAGGGAGGGCAAAUGGGCAGAUGGGCCGCAUGGGAAUGGAAAGCCAGCCAAAAGACCUCCGAGUCCUUGUUCUCAUGAUCUUCCCAGUCUUAAAAGAGCUGCUCUUGAAUAGGACAAAAUUGCAGCUUUGGAACUGGUUAAAAAAUGCGUAUAAAAGUAUAUUUUGUGUGUAACUUGCUAUAUGCUUAUAACUGUCAUACAAUUUGGCCAUAUAUCAGGAUGCAAUAAAUAUAAAUGUGUAAUUGAAUGAUAAAAUGCAUGAAGUCAUUUUGUUAGUAUUAAAUUACAUCCAAAAUAUAAAACCAAAUAAUUUAUUGUUGGCUAG